AAUGACACGAGACUUUGACUCGCGCGAGCUAGGACGGAGUCUGGUCGAACUGCAAGUCGCAUUGUUGGAUAAAAUCCGCGCUUCGCAUAUAUACGAAAUUGAUUCUAGCACUUGGUGGACAUUCGUCGCUCGACCGUUGAAAUGAUAAGACCGUGAGUUCCGCGAGAUAGGUGAAUGCGCGCGUGAUCUUGGCCAGUUUUCUCUCGUGAAGGUGUUUGAUUUUGAUUGAUUUUACGACAGCGGGGAGAAGAAGAUUUGUGCAAAUACGGUUCGAGUGACUUGCCAAACGUCAAUCGAUAAGGGUUUGCUGAGGAGUGUGUCGAGUGUUGGAAACCUUAAAGGAAAUGAUAAAUAGUGCUUAGGAAGUUAAGGAAGAAGAAAGCGAAAUGAAGUUCGAUAAAAGCAACGCACAAUCACCCUUAGUGGGUGAUACGGUCAUCGAAACACCGCAUGAAGAACCCGAAUACACCAGAAGCUCAACCGUUAUUCCGACUGUAGUUGUUAGUUGCAUAAGCUUAGAAGAUAGCCGUAAAAUAAGUGUUGAAAAGGAACAAAGUGAGUUACAAAACCUAGAACCGUUGGAGAAAACACAAGAUCCGAAGAACCCACCGACAAUAUUGGCAUCAUUCUAUCUUGAUGGGAAGCUAGAAGAGCUAGAUGAGCAAUAUUUGCAACAGAAGGAGGAAGCUGACGACGAGAAAUUUCAUUCUACGGUCAAGGGAGUUUUCAAUCAGUGUCUGGUGACAUGUGCAGUUCUGGUAUUGGCGGCAGCAUGCGGGAUGCCGAUUGGAUACUCGGCCGUGCUCCUUCCCCAGCUCUACAACGUCAGCGAGCCGCUCUUCAUCGACAUCGAGAUGGGCUCGUGGAUCGCCAGCGUGCACAGCCUAGCCACGCCAAUCGGUUCGUUCGCUUCCGGUCCCAUCAUGGACCGCUGGGGUCGCAAACCGGCUCUGAUGCUUGCGAUCGUUCCGCUCUUCUUUGGAUGGGUCUUCCUGGCGACUGCGUCAUCGCACUUCCUCAUACUGGUUGGACGAGUUGUUGCCGGUAUAGCCGUUGGAUUGAUUGCCGCCCCCGCACAGGUCCUGCUGGCAGAAAUCGCUGAACCACAUCUACGCGGACUGCUCAUCGGAGUCCCAUUCGUGUCCUACUCGUUGGGCAUUCUGCUGGUCUACUUUUUAGGAAGUUUCCUUCACUGGAGAGAGGUGGCCUGGGCUGGGACAGUUCUUCCUGCAGUAUCUUUCCUCGCCAUAGCAGUGAUGCCAGAAACGCCGGUCUAUUUGGCGCGAAACAACCAGCUCCAGAAAGCCGCAAAAGCCCUGCACUGGCUCCGGGGAUGCCCGAUACAGGCCAAACGGGAACUGGUCCAGCUGAUCAUUCGAUUCCGCAACGAGACACUGGAAGGCAACAACAAUGGCAUCUGGAAGUCGUUGGCGGAGAUUUCGCUGAUCAAACCGCUGGUAAUCAUCAACAGUUUCCACGUGCUCCAGAUCCUAUCCGGGACGUACUUGGUGGUGUUCUACGCGGUCGACAUCAUCUCCGAUAUGGGAGGCAGCGAUAUCAAUACGAUGCAGGCAGCGGUUUUGACAGCCGUGGUGCGACUGGUGUUCACCUGCUUGUACUGCUUCCUACUGUUGGCAAUGCCUCGCCGGACGAUGGUCAUUGGCAGCGGAAUCGGUUCCGGUUUGAGCUGUUUAGCGAUUGCCAUUUUCAUGUACGCUCGAAUGGACGCGUUGAAGACUUCGAUGGACACCUACGUGAUGGCGGUGUUCAUCUUGAUCUACAUCGGGGCGAAUACGGGGUUCAUGACCAUGCCGGGGAUCAUGAUUGGGGAGCUGCUGCCGGCGAAGAUCCGCGGCCAGAUAGCAGGCUAUCUGUUCACCAUAUUCAACUUGCUGUUGUUCGGGGUAGCAAAGGCAUUUCCCUACGUAAAAAAGGUGUUCAAAACUCAAGGACUGUUUUUGAUAUUCGGGGUGGCUUCGUUUGGGGCGUCCCUCUUGGUGUACCUAAUGCUACCGGAAACGAAAGGUUGGACACUGCACGACAUCGAGGACUACUUCCAGCAGCGAAACUGGUUCUGGGUGAACAGGAGGAUAAGUCGUAUGAAAGGGGAUACGGGGGUAGAAGAAGAGGGGACGCCAUUGAAGGAUGUUAAAAAAUGAGUCACAGAUAAAGCUGGAAUCAUGAAGUUGGUCAACUUAUAACUUUACUUGUACAAUUUUGUAAAUAUAAGUGUAAGAAUAACUAAUAUAUUUCGUUGAAUGUGAAACUUUCUGGGCCUCUAUUGGAUGAAAUGUGUAUUUAGAAAUUUAGAGAUUAUAAUUAUGUCCAUUUCAAAUUUCAACACAAUUUUUUGACAUCAUACGACAUACAAAUAUGUUUCACGAUCAAUGUUUUUGUAAGGAAUUUCAUGGAAUUAUCGUUAACACUCUUCUAUUCUGCUCUAUUCUAUUUUUCCUCAUUCCAGAAUUUCUUGUUUUUUAAAGAGUUUUUUUUUUGGGAAUUCAUUCACCAUUUUGUCAAGACAUUCCUUCUAAUUCCUUCUAAAUGUGCUUGCUUUCUUAAAUGUGUAAAACUACUUCAUUUUCAAAAAGUAGCUAACAUUUUUUAGGAAUAAAUAUAAAAAAUCUUAGUCAAUAGGUUUUCACCAAUAAAUGAACAAAACUAAAUUUAUAUCAAGUUCGAACAAUGUUGUGGACAACAAAUUUAAGGCCAAUCACAAUCUCGCUGAAUCGUUCAUUCCUGAGCAUGAAUUUUAUACGGAAGAACGAUUAUAACAAA